AAAUUAUUUUAAUUAUGGGUUCUACAUUAUCCAAAAAAUAAGGAAAAGUUAUGGUAUUUGGUGGUUUAGGAUUAGCAGCAUUAGUAGGAGUAACAUUAAUUUUGUAUUUUUUUUACAUUCAUUUAGAAAAUCUAAACCUACUGAUGAAUAAGUCCAAACCAAAGGUGAAUCAACUAGAGAAAAUGUUAAACAAAUCAGUCAAAAAUCUUAUUAACCUAAAGAAAGUACGAAUUAAGGCUAUGAUUAACUAUUCUAAUAAGUUGUUAGAUCAAUAUCAGUUGAAAGAUAAGGAUAAUUGAUUUCAAUAUCAACAAUUACACAAAUACUAGAAAAAUCAUUAGAUUUAGCAAAAGAUGAUUACAGUUAAAUAACUAUAGAAAAUAGAAAAUGUAAUAGCUAUCAAAUUUAUAUAUUUUAGAGAGAAGAGCUAUUAGGAAAUCUUAAAAUGAUUAAUAUCAAUAAAUGGUCUUAGAUUAUAAUGAAUAGGUUGAAAAUUUAUUAGAGAAAAAGUAAAUGGAGAUUUGUGACUUCUUACAAAUCAAAGAAACUGAAUUUUAAGACAGUGUGAUGUCAUUAAUGGAAAGAGGAUUCUAUUAAUAAUUUUUCAUGAUAUAAGCAUCAAUUAGAUAAAAAAUAAAAGAUUCACUUCCAUCAACCAAAGAAAUUACUUUUGAAAUGUUAAAACAGAUUAUUAAAUUCUAAAUUCAAGUAUUAAAGCAAUAGCCAUAAGAAUUAAAACAAAUUAUAUAAAACUUAUCUGUAAUAUCUUAUAUAUAUCUAUUCAGGCAAAUCAAGAAACAUAAUAAUUAAUACCAUUAGCAAUUAAUACUAUUUUAGGGGAUUUAGUUUAUGAGAAAUUUUAAAUCGAAGAGGAAGAUAUGAUGAAAAUUUUGUAGAAUUAAGGUAAAAGAUAUUUUAUAUAUAUAAGCCUAUUUUACUGAUAUUGAAAUGCAAUAAGCUAUGGCUUAAUUGGAAGAAGCUAUGUAUAUGUUAAUGGCAUCAAUGGGAGGUGAUCAAAUGUGAAAAAUAAAUAAAAAAAAUAUUAAAAUAAAUU